AAUUACACGAAACGCGCUUACGAAAGAACACGAAAUUCGAAAAAAUAUAUAUGAGAAAUUAAAAUAACGGUCGUUUUGUGGUGUAUCCAAACAUUUGCGUCAGCCCUCUUUGCUUAUCGCCACAAUCUUUCACGCAACAACUGCCACGCAGCACACCACACUAACCAAGAACCAGCAACCAACUGCUCACAGACAACAACCAGCUACCAAUUGGUAAUAGACAACAACAACCAGCUACCAACUGUUAAUAGACAACAACAACAACCAGCCACCAACUGCCAAAAACCAACAGCAACAGCAACUACCAAAAAUGUCUUUCUCUAAGGCCAAGCUAAAACGCUUCAACGACGUCGAUGUCGAUUGCGCCAACUCACCCGCAGCCGCGCGCUUGGUCACUGACGCCUGCACAGUUAAUACACCGAGCAAAUGUAUAAAUGCCGCCACCGCCGCUAUAACAACCACCAACAGCACAGCGGCGACCAGCGCAGGACACACCGAACGCAAAGAGCAGAUCGAGAAAUUCUUUAAAGACGCCGUGCGCUUCGCCACUAACAGCAAGGAGGCGAAGGAGUUCGCCAUACCGAAGGAUAGCGCCGUGAAGGACGACAAAAAAUCUAAAGGUUUGCGACUCUUUCGUACGCCAUCGCUGCCGCAACGUUUACGCUUUCGCCAUAACCCAACCGAGGCAAGCACAGUAAAUGUCGCCAACAACAAUAAUGGUGGUACCGCCAGUUCUACGCCCUUGCAUUCGGCCACAACAACACCGGUGAAGGAUGUGACAAAGUCGGGCGGUAGUCGCCUUAAAGGUAAAGAGGCGCUACAACAAGAGAUACGCAAAAAGAAUGAGCUGCUCGAGAGUUAUAUGAGUCAGAUUGAUGUGCUCAAACGUCAUGUGGAACAACUGAAGGAGACUGAGCAGAAAUUGCGCGAGGAGAACGCUAGUGUUGUGGCGAAAACCGAAAAUCUAAUACAUGCACUACAAACGGAAAACGUCGCGCACAAAGAGUUGAAUGAUCGACUGAGCGCCGAAAAUGUGGCGCUCACAGAGAAUUGCAACAAAACGGUGCAGGAGAUGAAUACGCUCAUAGCGCGUCAUACUGAUGAGUUGGCGGAAUUGCAAGCUUUUAUCGACGAGCUGAAGUCGCAGAAUGCCACGCUGCAGCAAGAGGCACAGCAACAAUGUCUGGAAGAGAAAAUCAAACAGCACAAAAUUGACGCGUUGCAGCUGGAGAUCAGUGAAGCGCGCGAAAAGCUUGCAACACACGAAGAGCACGCACAGAAAGACACUGAACUCAUACAGAAUUUGCGCAACACCAACGAGUCGCUUAGUCGGGACUUGGCUGAAUUGCAGAAGCAAAUCGAACGCGAUGCUUUGGCGUAUGCGCAAGAGCAUAAGAUCACACAAAACGAAAUGGAGUGUCUGAAGAAGGAGCGCAGCACUUUGAAAAAUGACUUGGCAAGCAAAUGUGAGCUCAUCAAGUCGCUGCAGGAUGAGCUGUUGGAUAAGAAUUGCGAGAUCGAUGCGCAUUGCGAUACCAUACGUCAGUUGUGUCGCGAAAAGGCGAAGUUGUUGGAGAAAGAGCAACUGAUCGAGACUGCCGAAGAGAAGGUGCGCAGCGCUGAGGAGCAGGCGGAGCAGAAAGUACAGAAACUAGAGUCCGAUUUGGAGAAUGCGCUCGAACGUGAGAAGCAGUAUUGGCGCGCCGAGCUCGAUAAGCGUCAGAAAUUGGCCGAAAACGAGAUUAUAAAAGUGGAGCUGGAGAAGCAAGAUGUUAUGGUCUUGCUGGAGACCACGAAUGACAUGUUGCGCGAUCGCGAUGAGAAGAUACAAAAAUAUGAAGAACAACUACGAAAUGGCAUCGACUAUUACAUACAGCUGACGGAUACAUUGCAAAAACAAGUUGUUGAUUUGAAACAAGAUAUGGCGAAAGUCAUUACCGAAAAGUACAACUAUCAAUUAACCUUGAGUAAUACACGUUCCACGGUCAAUAUAUUGAUGGAACGUUUGAAGAAAUCCGAUGCGGAUGUCGAACAAUUCCGCGCCGAACUGGAAUCAGUGCAGUUGGCUAAGGGCGCUUUGGAGCAAAGCUAUUUGACGCUGCAAGCCGAAUUGGAGACCCUGCGCAAUAAUCACACCGAAGCGGAAACCGCAUUGAAGACACUAUGCCAGUCUUCGCAAACACUACAACAAGAGGAGCGCAUCAAUACGACAGAUGUCGCACACUACCUGGACAUGUACAAUGAGCUGAAGCGCAAGGACGAAUCACGUGAGCUGUAUAUGCAGGAUAUGAAGAAGGCAUUGGAUGAAUUCGCCACCGUGCUGCAAUUUGCACAACUGGAACUCGACAGCAAAGAGAAGUCACUGCAUAAGGUGCGCGACGAAUGUGAACAACUGAAAUUGGAGAAUAUCGCGCUCAAGUCCAAAGUCGAAGAGGGCAUCACAAAACGCGAGAAUAGCACAGAUUUGCAAAAGAUCGAAGAUCUACUCAUCGAUACCGAGUUGCGCGCUGAAUGUGAUAAGAUCGCCUCUUGGCUAUUGAGCUCAUCCAGCAGCGAUAAAUGUGUUCGCACCGAGAGCAGCAACGAAAUCAACGAUUUGUUGAAACCAACCACGCCGAACAGCACAAAGAAGUCGCGCAGCUGCAUGACACCAUCAUCACCCGCCAACAAGACGAUAACACUAUCGACCGCACCUGGAUCUAAUGUUGGCACACCACGUACACCGCGCACGCCAAAGACGCCGCGCACACCACGCACCACACCCAAGAAGACCGUACUUUUCCCCGGCAAAGAGAACAUAUGCAGUCCGCAGAAGCAAGUGCUGAAGGCGCGUAAUAUGUAGAGGGGUGGGGGAAUGGCUGAGACGAGACCAAGUCCACACUUUGGUCGAUUUCGCUUAU